AUUCAAAUAAAAGCACGACAACAGUGAUUUCAUGUGAAUCACGAUAUUACGUGUCUAUUCUCACUAAGUAUACCAUUUUCGUUAAAAACUGCUUCGCCAUCUGGUUUUUCGUAUUUGAAAAAAUCACCCCUUCCAACCAAAUGGACUAGUCUGAGGAAAACAUGGCUGCCCACAUGUGUUCUUCAAGUAGUUCUGAAGAUGAGGACGAAAAACAACGUCUACAAGAAGCUGUAUUUGAUGUUGCGACCUGUACAGAGCCAUCUAAAUCCUCCAGGAAAGAUGAGAAAGGGAAACAAGUUUCACAGAAACGCAGUCUCAGGAGAGUAGAACAGGAAGAUGAGGAAGCCUACAGUACAGGUAUAUCUGGGGAAGUCAGAGACUUUGUGGCCAAAAAGCUGACUUCAUUUCUAGACAGCUGUAUCACAGACCUGGAUCGCAGUCACAGUUACACAGAGAUGACAAGUGCUGAUGAAGGAAGAGACUGCGGUUUCAGGGUAUUCUCCAGCUCUGACCCUGCUGCACCAGUGAACCUGAGCGGAGUGACUCCUCAGGUCAGGAGGAGGAGACCAGUGGAGAGUUCCUCCUCAGGAGACAGUGAUUCUGAGGAAGAGAAGGCCAGACUAGCAGAGGCGGCAGUUACCCAUCAGGACAUUCUACAGUCUUCUGCCCCCAUACAAGUAACGGCCACUCCACACAGCAAUAGCGAUUCAGCAUCUACACAAGAAAAGGUGGUAUCUAGUACCACAAACACUGUCAGCAAUAGGUCUUCUGAUCAAUCAGCACCUAAGAAAAAGAAGAAGAAACGCAAGGAAACAUCUGUUCAGAGGACUGAAAACACUUGUGCAUCCGUCAAUGAUGAAGAUGACUCUGAGCAAAAAUCAAGAAAGAAAAAGAAGUCAAAACUGAAAAGGAAAGAUUUGACGGCUGAAGAGUUACAUCUGGGUCAAAGUAAAGAGGAACAAGAAAAUGGACAUGGUGAAGAAGAGAGCAAACUUGCACAACAUUCCAUUUUGUUGAAGAAACACCAGAAGAAAGGGAAACACCAGAAACACCAGAAAAAGAAAAGGAAAAAGAUUGCAGAUGACAGUUGA